UGCUGUUGCUGGCUUGGUCAUUCGGUUAUACUUUCUUGUCUCCUUUCGUGCUGCUGAAGUUCUUUCGCUCUAUAUUUCUUGAUCUUCAUUUUGUCUGGAUUCGCAUCUCCUGCGGUUGGCAGAUUUAAUCCAGUGAUGUUUCUGUGAGAUGAGUGGGAAGAGAAACUGAUCCGUGCGAAAAGGAAUAAGAAGCUUGCAGCUUGAUCUGGGGUCGUCAAUAGCUUCCUACCUCUUUUCUACACUGACUGUACGAUAUCUCAGUAUCUUGGAGGCCGCUAUCUGCCUCUAGACGUUUACGGCACUUUCGUUGGCCGAAAAGCAUGAAUUCUGGGAACGAUAAUUGGCACCCAGGUGGCCCGUCGCACCCUGCCAUGGAUCAAAUGAAUCAACCACCUCGACCGUUGGGCACGUUCAGUCAGAACCCGACCCCCCAGCAAGGCCCGUCUUCGCAGCCGUCAGGGCCGGUCCUCCCACCCCCAGCCGCACCCUACCACUCGGCCGGUCAAGCGGGUGGACAUUCGCUGCCGGGAUUGGCAGAAUUGAGCCAGACUCACGGUAACCCGCACCCACCACCAUCGUACGGCCAGCAUGCUCCUGCUCCCGCACACGGUGGCGGACAUUCGCUACCAGGAAUUGGCCAGGCUAUGCAACAUCCUUCUCCUCAGUCGAUGAACCAGGACCGCGAGCGAGAUUCCAGAGAUCGGGAGAUCAUUGAAAGACAACGCCAGGAGGAGAUGGUACACAGGGAACGUGAGCGUGAGCGUGAGCGUGACAUUGAGCGGCAACAGCUCGAGCGGCAACGGGAUCAGCAGCAUCAUCCUGUUCAAAGUCAUACUGGGUCGAUUCCUCUACAUCAACCUGUGGCGUCAAAGGUUCCAAAUACUAUCCAUGGCCCCGGUGGUCUUUUGUCGAAUUUAGGCCCUAACCCGCCUAACGGCCCUCAGAAUGCCAUGCAAGCUUCUGGCGGACCCGGUGGGAUGUAUGGAUCCCAGAUCCCGCAUGGUGAAGGAACACCGAGGUCAUACAUGCAGCAUGCCGCUGGACCGCCAGGUCAACCAUUGAUGGCGUUCAAUGGGGGCGGUCCGUCAAUUCCCGGUAAUGUUGCAGCCCUUGCACAGGGCCAACAACCCAUUUUAAAUUUUUGUCAGGAUGCGCUUUCAUAUCUGGAUCAAGUCAAGGUCCGCUUUGUUGAUCAGCCUGAUGUGUACAACCGUUUCCUGGAUAUAAUGAAGGAUUUCAAGAGUCAAGCUAUCGACACUCCGGGCGUGAUUCAGCGUGUUUCGAACUUGUUCAAUGGACAUCCAGCUCUUAUCCAAGGAUUUAACACCUUCCUGCCUCCUGGCUACCGGAUUGAGUGUGGUACUGAAGAUAACCCAGACGCAAUCCGGGUGACGACACCUUCAGGCACAAAUACUCUUAGUAUGCCCCGUGCUAGACAUACGUUAGAUGGCCCGAGCGACCUGGCUCCUCCCGCUGGGCUAGGUCCUCACAAUCGCCCUGACUACUAUGAACACUCUCGACCAGGAUGGCAGCAACAGCAGCCCCAAUCCCAACAACCGCAGGGCGGGUUUUCGGAUUCACCGGGCGCUCGUAUGAUGGGCGGCUUAUUCCCACAGCAAUCUGGACAAGGCCAGCCGCAGGACCAUCAUUAUGAAUAUACUGGCCAGCAAGAGCAGCCUGCCCCGGCGGGCGCCGCUGUUGCGACUCACGGGCAGGAUCAGCGGGGCGUAUCUCAACUUCAAGGCGCCGCCUCUGCAGCAUCUGCUGGCCUCGGAAGAGCUUCUCUGUUAGGAGCUGGUCCUUCGAGCCAAGGACCGAGCAUGACCCAGCCUAUGAAUAAUUUGGCAGGAGUCGGAUCGGGCGUCUUGCAAGGUUCACAAGCUGAUUUGAAACGCGGACCAGUGGAAUUUAAUCAUGCCAUCAGCUACGUUAAUAAGAUCAAGAAUCGAUUCUCCAGCCGGCCAGAGAUAUACAAGCAGUUCCUCGAGAUAUUACAAACGUAUCAGCGCGAAUCAAAGCCGAUUGGAGAUGUAUACACUCAGGUCACCCAGCUUUUCAAUUCCGCACCAGAUUUACUUGAGGAUUUCAAGCAAUUCCUUCCCGAGUCUGCAGCUCAUGCGAAACAGCAGGCUGCUUUGCGUCAGCAGGCGGAGGAAAACGCGCCCAUGAGUAAUCUCCGCGGUGAUCCCAAUUAUGCACCUGGUUCCCUUACUUCGCAAACACCGAACCGUGAUGUGAAGAUGCCUCCGCUUGGUAACUUCAACGUCAAGGACUCGGCGAAGGAGGGCAAAAAGCGUAGAACUGGGCCUGGCGCACCAACUCUCGGUGGCUCAAGCGUUGGCCCUGCUGGGGGUGUGGAUGCUGCACGGAUGGUCGACUCGCAGGCGGGACGAGGGCAAGUUCUGCCAGCAGGCAAUGCAAAUAAGAGAGCCAAGGUUCAUCACACAAAGCCUUCACAGGCAGAAGCUCCGGUCGUUUCUCCUACUCUUGUCCCUGCUCUCCCUGAGCCUGUCCAGCCUACAUUCUCUUUGACGCCGACACAGGAAGAGUUUGCCUUUUUCGAUCGCGUCAAGAAGUACAUUGGGAAUAAACAGACUUUCAGCGAGUUCCUCAAGUUAUGCAACCUUUACUCAACCGACCUUAUCGACCGACAUGUGUUAGUUAAACGGGCCGCUGGAUACAUUGGUUCGAAUCCAGAACUCAUGGCCUGGUUCAAGCGAUUCAUGCACGUUGAGGAGCCGGAGGAUAAGAUUGUUGAAGUCAAGCCCAAGCAAGAACCUGGGAUUGUCAACUUAUCGCACUGCCGGUCACUUGGGCCGAGUUACCGACUUCUACCCAAGCGCGAGCGACAAAAGCCCUGCAGCGGCCGUGACGAGCUAUGUCGGAGUGUAUUGAAUGAUGAGUGGGCCUCCCACCCGACUUGGGCCUCUGAAGAUUCUGGCUUCGUUGCCCACAGAAAAAAUCAGUACGAAGACGCUUUACACCGCAUUGAGGAAGACAGGCACGACUAUGAUCACCAUAUUGAAGCUUGCAACCGGACUAUCCAGCUUAUCGAGCCCAUUGUUCAGCAGUUCCUCGUCAUGACCGAGGCGGAGAGGGCAGCUUUCCAGCUUCCUCGCGGUCUUGGAGGCCAAAGCGAAGCAAUCUAUCAGCGUGUGAUCAAGAAAAUUUACGACAGGCAGCGCGGAGAGAGGAUCAUUAAGGAGAUGUUCGAGCGCCCUUGCCAUGUUCUUCCAAUUGUGCUCUUCCGACUGAAACAGAAAUGCGAGGAGUGGAAGGCUAGUCAGCGCGAAUGGGAUAAGAUCUGGCGCGAACAGAUGCAGAAGGCUUACUGGCGCAGUCUCGACCACCAAGCAAUAGCCAGCAAGGGAGUUGACAAGAAGCUUUUUGUGGCGAAGCAUAUUCAGACUGAAAUUCAAGCCAAGCACGAGGAGAGCAAAAAUCUGCGUAAGAGCGGAUUUCAAGUGCCAAAACAUCAGUUCGAGUUCUCAUUCACGGAUCCGACCGUGCUUAUUGAUGCAACUCAUUUGCUGUUGACUUUCAUCGACCGUAACUCGGCUGGCUUUGGUGCCGAUCCCCAAAAAGUUAUGAUGUUCAUCAAGGAUUUCAUUCCCGUGUUUUUCGGCAUGGACCGUGACACCUUCCAUGUCUAUAUGAACGAGCUCUCCAACGGAACUUCGCCGAUUGACGAGGGUGACGAUGAAAGCUCAGCUGCCGAUGAUGCAGCAACGUCACGCAGCAGCAGGAAAGGAGUCACAAACAAGAAGAUUGACCUCCUCCGUGAUGUCCUCGAGCGCCGUGGUGAAAAGGCAAGUCGGAACGACAAAGAAGGCAGCGCCCCGGCUAGUGGUGACGGAACGCCCGACGCCGUUCUUGUUUCCACUACGCCGAUUCCAGAUCCGACAGAGACCUUUGACGUUGCGGAGCUGAAGUGGAUGGAGCAUCCCGGACAAGGCAACUUCAAUCAACACCGUGAGUAUAACCUCAACGAGACUUAUGAGAAGAAAGCGCAUCAUCUGUAUGCGAAUCUCAACAUCUAUUGCUUCUUCCGCACAUUUGAAAUUCUGUACUCUCGCCUUCUUCGUAUCAAACUGCAUGAGAAGGAAGCCCACGAGGUUGUUCGCCGCGCGCUUGUCAUGAAGCCUGCCCGGGAACUCAACCUCAUCGAUAAAGUCCCCACUGACUUUUUCUAUGACACCGAUCCAAAAGCGAAUCUGUACCAGCAAGUAGUGCGGAUGUGCGAAGAAGUCAUCAAAGGGGAUUUGGAAUCGUCUCACUUGGAGGAAACCCUUCGUCGCUAUUACUUGCGGUCCGGAUACCAGCUCUACAAUCUGGAGAAGAUGUUUACUGGCAUCGCGAAAUUCGCUGGGGCAAUCUUCAACGGUGACUCUAAAGAUCGCAGCUCUGACAUCAUCAAUCUUUUCUUCAAGGAGCGCGACAAGGAUGAGACUACGCACAACCAAGAGAUCCAGUAUCGCAAGCAGGUUGAGAGACUGGUCAAAGACAGUGAAAUUUUCCGCAUCACCUACUACCCGGACAACCAGAAGACAACUGUCCAGCUCCUGACUCCAGAGGAUGCCACAUUAGAAAACGAAGAAUUGAGCCAGGAGGCCCGCUGGUCAUACUACGUUUCGGCAUACACAAUGCGCGACCCAACGGAAGGGGUGCCGUUCUCCCAGAUGCGGAUGCCUUUCCUCAAGCGAAACCUUCCAGGUAAACUGGAGCAGGAAGAAGAGUACAACCGCUUCUAUCGCCCACUUGUUCACCAGGAUGGGCUUAUCAUCCGCAUCUGCGCCAACAGUUACCACAUCCUCUACGAACCUGGCAGCUACGAUUGGUGGUACCGGCCGGCUCUUCCCCCAGACGAGACGUCGGAAGACACCGCCAAAGAGGCCGCUGUUAAGGAGAGGCGGCGCGAUCGCUUUACCGAGAAGUUUAUCAACAACCCUAGCUGGGCUCAUGGGCUUAGCAAAGACCAGGUCGACGAGUCGAAUCAGCGCUUCCGUUCUUGGAUCAAGGGCUCGGAGGCCGAGAAUGCUGAGACCAGUGCCCCUGCUGGCUCGGCAACAGACAAGCCCGAGAACAAAGACGAUGUCGAGAUGCCAGACGCCGAGAAGGCUUCUGGGCCUGAGUCCUGAUUGCUCCCUUUCGAUGCCUGCUAAACGUUCUUAACGGGCUUGUGCUUAUCGGAUGGAUGGUGCAUUUGGACUACUUGAAAGCGUUGCUUGGUCAAAUAUUCACGCGGGUGCUUGGUGAAAGAUCUACAUUCAAUCUUGCAUUCAUGUUUUCUUCUUACCUGUCGUUCUGUUUUUGGUUUCUUCGGCAGCAGUGUAUCUACUUUAUCACGGCAUGAUCAGCGCUCGGCCAACGGAUGUACGAAAUGGUUUACUGAUUUGUGUCCCUGCCGGUCCUAAAAAUGCUGGCGGGGAUAUUUGAUUCUUGGGCAGGUGUAGAGGGUUUGUUUUCGAUUAUCUUUUUAUGUGUACUUUAGAAGUUACCAGAGUU